AUGGCUCCAGCGUUAGUAGAAGAGGCAGAGGCCACCGACUACAAGUCCGGGGUCGGACCAUACAAGGAGUUUGGCAUCGGAGGUCCCAAAGCCUUUAGCAAGGAACUCGAGCUGAAAGGCACCGAGAAGCACGCACCUACCAAGUACCCCAACUACCUACCGGUGUGGGACAAUGAGAAGGACCAAAAACUCCCCCCAUUGGAGCCCUUCACGCAUGUCGAGCACGGCAAAGACGCAGACCCCACCUUCUCCAGUCUCCUCAAAGAUGCCACUGUCUCGGACCUAACCGCCAACAUUGGCGCCGAAGUACGCGGCAUUCAACUUAGUACGCUUACAUCGACGCAAAAAGACGAACUGGCCUUCUUCGUCGCCCAGAAAAAAGUAGUCGCCUUCCGCGACCAGGACUUCGCCGACCUCCCCAUCAAAGACGCCCUCGAAUUCGGCAGCUACUUUGGCCGCCACCACGUACACCCCACAUCGGGGGCUCCCGAGGGCUAUCCAGAAGUCCACCUGGUGCAUCGCGGCACCGACGAUACUUCUAUCCGCGAAUUCUUCGAAGAACGCACAAAUUCCAUCGCCUGGCACUCGGACGUCACGUAUGAGAAGCAGCCCCCAGGCACCACGUUUCUGUAUAUACUCGACGGGCCCGACGCCGGCGGCGACACACUGUUUGCAAACCAGGCUGCGGCGUACGCGCGCUUGUCACCCGAGUUCCGGAAGCGGCUGCAUGGGCUGCGUGUCGUGCAUUCAGGCAUCGAGCAAGCCGACAACAGCAGAAACCGAGGCGGCAUAGUGCGCCGCGACCCCGUGACCUCUAUCCACCCGCUCGUGCGCACGCAUCCCGCGACGGGCGAAAAAGCGCUUUUCGUGAACCCGCAGUUCAGCCGGCGCAUUGUGGGCUUCAAGAAGGAGGAGAGCGAUUACCUGCUGAAUUUCCUGUACGACCAUAUUGCAAAGGGCCAGGAUUUUCAAGUCAGGGUGAAAUGGGCCCCGCGCACCGUGGUGGUGUGGGAUAAUCGCGUCACGGCGCACUCGGCGUUGUUGGAUUGGGAUGAUGGCGCGCGUAGGCAUGUGGCGAGGAUCACACCGCAGGCUGAGGCGCCGUAUGAGACCGAGUUUGAGCAGGCGCCUGCUAACUUUGAGUAUUAG